GCCACCAUGAGACUGGUACUACCCAACCCGGGACUGGAUCUGCGUAUCCCUAACCAUGAAGAUCUUGACCGGAUGGAAAAGGAGGAGGCUGGUGACAGGCUCAAGUGGGACAACAAAGCCCAGUACAUCCUCACCUGUGUGGGAUUCUGCAUCGGGCUUGGUAACGUGUGGAGAUUCCCUUACUUGUGCCAAAGUCAUGGAGGAGGUGCCUUUUUGAUCCCCUAUCUCAUUCUGCUGGUGCUGGAGGGAAUGCCUCUCCUGCUACUGGAGUUUGCCAUCGGCCAGCGUCUGAGGAAAGGCAGCGUGGGAGUGUGGCGAUCCAUCAACCCGUAUCUGACCGGUAUCGGCAUAGCCUCCAUGCUGGUGUCCUUUUUGGUAGCGCUGUACUACAACACCUUAAUAGCCUGGAUUAUGUGGUAUCUUUUCAACUCCUUUCAAAGCCCACUGCCUUGGACUCAGUGUCCUCUCAAUGAAAAUGGGACAGGAUUUGUACCUGAGUGUCAAGAGAGCUCCACUGUGGAUUACUUCUUCUACCGAGUGACACUGAACAGUUCGCAGUCUAUCGCUGACUCAGGAGAAAUCCAGUGGCCCAUUGUUGUCUGCCUGUUAGCUGCCUGGACAGUUGUCGCCAUCUGCUGUAUAAGAGGAAUUAGUACAACAGGCAAGGCAGUCUACGUCACUGCGAUCCUGCCGUACAUAGUGCUGGGCAUCUUCCUGGUCAGAGGAUUGAGUCUUAAAGGAGCCCUAAGUGGACUCAAAUUCCUCUUCACACCAGACGUGGACGAGUUGAUAAACCCGACAACCUGGUUGGAUGCAGGUGCCCAGGUCUUUUACUCGUUUGGUUUAGCAUGGGGAGGCCUCAUUUCUUUCUCCAGCUACAACCCUGUUCAUAACAACUGCGAGCAAGAUGCUGUGAUCCUGUCUGUAGUAACUGGUCUAACCUCAGUCUAUGCUGCCACAGUCACGUACUCCAUCAUUGGAUUUAGGGCCACUGAAAAGUAUGACAACUGUAUCAGUGGGAACAUCGUGACAUUAUUAAACGCGUUUGAUCUCUCUGAAGAUAACAUCACCACAGCCAACUAUGAGGACACACUGAAUCACCUUAACAGUGUUUACCCUAACGUCGUUCAAGGACUGGAUAUCAAAGCGUGUGACAUGCAGAAACUUCUCAGUGAGGGAGUGGAGGGAACAGGUCUGGCCUUUAUUGUGUUUACAGAAGCCAUCACUAAGAUGCCCGGUUCCCCAAUCUGGUCUGUCCUCUUUUUCGUGAUGCUUUUCUGUUUGGGGCUCUCAACACUGUUUGGCAACAUUGAAGGAGUGGUGGUCCCCUUGAAAGACUUGAAUGUGUUCCCUAAAAAAUGGCCCCACGAAGUAGUCACUGGAAUCACUUGCGCCGUGGCCUUCGUCAUCUGCCUCCUGUUUGCACAGCAGUCAGGGCUUUACUGGGUGACCGUCUUUGACACCUUUGCUGGAUCUGUUCCACUUCUGACCGUUGGGUUGUUUGAGAUGGUCGCUAUUGUUUACGUUUACGGCAUAGACAGGUUCAAUGAGGAUAUUGUCUUUAUGAUUGGACACAAGCCCAAUAUCUUCUGGCAGGUCACAUGGAGGGUCGUUAGUCCUUUGAUUGUCCUGGUGAUCUUAAUUUUCUACCUGGUGACCACAGCACAAAAAGAGCUUCGUUAUUUAGUCUGGGACUACAACUCUGAGGAGUUUCCAUCUCUGGCACCAGUUCCAUUUCCUUCAUGGAUCAACGCAGUCAUAUUUCUUUUGGCAGGAGUCCCCAGUAUUACACUGCCUGUUUAUGCCUUGUGUAGACUGGUUUAUGUUUACUGCAAGAAAAUAAGUGAAAAAUGA